AUGCAGCUUCUGAAACUGGAAGCAACGUUGGUAUCACUCUCGGCCUCGCAUUUCAAGCCCAGACGCUUCUCCUCCUCCUCUUCUUCUUAUUCUUCUUCUUCUUCAUGUUGUGUCAAGGUUUCGCCUUGGCGUGGUCUGGAUGAAUGGAGGGAGAGUCCUCUGAACGAGAAUCGCAAGUGGGGAGAGAAUGGUCCAGAGCCCCAACCCCUAUUCCGCGACUCCAUUCCAUUGGGGCAAGCUUCUUCCUUGGCUGAACUUGGUUCUAUCGUUCUUUCCACCAGCGACCCUCUUGCCAAGUCCCACCUUUCUCACACGGCUUACUCCAUGUGGCGCUGCCACAACCUCCCCCUUGGCAUUUCCAAACCCCCCUCUCGUCCCGCCCGACCACCAAACCCCCUACUGGUUUCUCCUAAGGAAAUUCCUGCUCCCAAGGACUCAGGUUUGCCCCUGAAUGCUUAUAUGCUUCAUAAUCUAGCACAUGUAGAGCUCAAUGCAAUUGAUUUGGCGUGGGAUACCGUUGUCCGGUUUUCUCCCUAUAGUGAAAUUUUAGGGGAGGGGUUCUUUGCUGACUUUGCUCAUGUUGCUGACGAUGAAAGUCGCCACUUCUCUUGGUGUGCACAGAGGCUUGCUGAGCUGGGUUUUAAAUAUGGUGAUAUGCCAGCCCACAAUUUGCUAUGGAGGGAAUGUGAGAAAUCAGCAGACAAUGUUGCUGCACGUUUGGCUGUGAUCCCACUAGUCCAGGAGGCUAGAGGACUUGAUGCUGGGCCACGCCUGGUGAAAAAAUUGGUUGGCUUUGGAGAUAACAGGACAUCUAAGAUUGUGGCAAGAAUUGCUGAUGAGGAAGUUGCACAUGUAGCAGUUGGUGUCUACUGGUUUGCUUCUGUCUACUUACUAAAGGAAUACAACGUGGAACUAAAGGGCCCCUUCAAUUAUUCAGCUCGAGAUGAAGCUGGCAUUCCCCGUGAGUGGUAUGAUGAUGCAUCCUCUAUGAGCAAUCAGGACAAGAAAGACGAACAUGGCAACAAAAAACAGCUCUCUGCAGUUUACGAGAGGCUGGCUUCCAUCAUUGCUAUGGAAAAAGAAAAUUCAAGUUUGACCAAACCGCCUGAAUGA